AUGCGUGCGGCCGCGGAAAGUGCCUCUUACGCCUCAGCAGCAGGCGAUUCGUCGCCUGUUGUCGUGAAUCCUCCACGUGAUGAGUCACCACGUGCGACAGGUGCAUCCGUUGUGUCUGCAGAGGGUACCUCGGAUCGUAAUCAAGACGAGUCUGAGAUAGAGCUUAUCUAUUCUGGCGAUUUGGAUGAUGCAUCCGACUCGAAGGCGACUCCUCACGCCUCGGGAUCACCCGAGGCGGACACUGCAAGAGCCAGGCUGAAUGGCUGUGGUCAGCGUGGCAGCAUCAUGACCGAGAUCUUCGGAGCGAGUGAUUACUUCGAUGAGUCUUCGCCUCUCGCAAGUCCAUCCCACGAUUGGACUCGUGAGGAUGGUGAUGAGGCACCUAUACAUCACCACGAGCGAAGUAACUCAAGGGAUCGGGGUAACACUGGUGCCAGUGCUCAUGCUGGCACCAAUCAAGAGGCCAGGGAUCGAAGUUUCCUGCGCCACGCUCCCCAAGUGGAGUCUCCAUGGAUGCCGCCAUCCAGAGAGUUGGACCGGUUGGCCGGCACGACUACCGAACGGGAUCGAAUCCCGUUGUUCGAUUGCAGGAAGUUUGCCCACCUGAUUCCAGCACGGAAACUAUCCGUGCUGAGGAAUAUUUCUUCACCGAUGCAUUCUUCAACAUCGGUGGUACAAUGGUAG